UCAGUGGGCAUUGCAUUUGCAUUGGGUGCCUCCACAUCCCAUCCAGGUGGGACUGAAUCCCACUCUGUGACUUCAGAUGGCUGUACCCCAGUGAGGAUGAGCCUGGAUGCUGUUAUGAAGGUGUCCUCAUGAGUGCAAUCUUGCAGAUGACAGCAUUUGGUCUCACUCUCCUCUCAGCUCUAUUCCUCCUCCUUGCCACAUGCACCGACUGCUGGAUGGUUAACGCUGAUGACAGCUUGGAGGUGAGCCACAAAUGCCGGGGCCUUUGGAGGGAAUGUGUCACCAACAUGCAGGAUGGAGUGAGGACCUGCGACCAGUAUGACUCCAUUCUGGCAGACCAUCCAGUGAAGAUCGUGGUGGCACGAACGCUGCUGAUCACAGCGGACCUCUUGGUGGGCCUGGCUUGGGCUACUUUGCUCCUUGGGCUCGACUGCAUCAAGUUCCUCAAGGAAGAACCUCGUGUCAAACUGAAGUUGUGCUACGGGGCUGGGGUCAUCCUCGGCAUUGGGAGUAUCCUGGGUCUUGUGGGCUCUGUGUGGUACGCAGUGGAUGUCUACGUGGAGAGGGCCAUGCUGGUGUCCCACAAUCUCUUCCUGGGGGUUCACUAUGACUUUGGUUGGUCCUGCUGGUUGGGGAUGGCCGGCUCAACGGGCUGCUUCAUGGCAUCCGUCCUGCUCACAUGCUGCCUCCGUGCCCACACAGCUCCCAGCCAUCCCCAGGGACCUCGGUGCCAUGUUGUCACCAGCAAGAUGUACAGCAUCAACUCCCGUGUGUGAUGGGCAGCACCUCCUGCACCCAGCCAAGGACGGUCCCACCUCAUUAAAGCACCAUCACCUACAUGGGACAGCUCAGCAAUGUGUCACGCAGUAAGAGAAGAUGCUGAAGCCUUGAGGAAUGGAAUCGUUUGAGUUGAAAGGGGCACUUUGAGGUCAUCUUUUCCAACACCCCAACUUAGCAAUGAACAGUGCUAAGCUCCUGUUGUACCCUACAGCUGUGGGAGCAGCAAAGCAGCUCUGCUCAUUGCCCUGUUGUUGCUUUGAAGUAAUUCAGGGCAAAGCCUCAUCAGCACAGAGCAACACUGACUCCCCGUGGCUGCAGCAGCGAGCCUCUGCCCCUGUGCUGUGUGUGCUGACUGCAGUCCAACAGCUCCGUGGUUCAAAGAGCGGCUCUUACAGGUGGAAGCUGCUGCUCUACCGGGCAGCCAGAAACGCUGAAAGGCAUUUAGAGAUAGAGCACAACACAGACGCAUCGGCCGCUAAUGGCUGGUGCUCCAGCACACCGGAAAGCAAUUAGAAGAGCGAGCAUUAACAUGAUAAAAGCAGAGCGCUCAUUAGUGGGAAGGAGGGGAAGCCACAGGGCGCUUAGAGCCGUCCAUGGGCAGACCCGGCGGUGCAUUCAUUGCGCUGCUCCUCCUGUUUUGCCUAUGGAAGCAUCACUUCCAUGUGCUGGACUAAGAGCCUUUCACCCGCAUAGAGCUGAGGGCACAAACCCAGCAGUACCAACAUUCAAAUCCACAACUGCUGAGCAACAAAUGAACUGCUCGGCUUCCACAGAGGUGGGUUUGAAUGAACCAGAGCAGGCCGUGAUUAACUUUAAGACCUUUAUUAACAGAUGCUUGCAGUUUGACUUGAAAAAAUCAGGCGUACUUUUCUUACAAAUUAAAAAUGAGGUUCUUAAAAAUCUCAACUUGACCAGAUAUAUGAAACAAUUUAAAAACCUUUAAAGGUGUAUUGAGAAAAAACAGACUUUUAAAAAACGCGUUUCUUGUUUCCAAAAGGAGACUUCUUUAGGUAAAAAUAAUAAAAACCCCAUGCUGCAUAGAUAAUGCAGAUAGUUCUUGUAAUCUGGU